AUGGCUCUGCAGGACCUGUGCAAGCUGCAGGAGGUCUUGGUGGACCGUUUAAGCGCCGGAUGUUCUUCAGAGCCUUUUGGGACCACCACCGGCUGUAACUACGUGAGCGGGUCGCCCUUCAGCGACGCCGGUAUGUUUCACUUUUACAUCCCAGCUGCAGAAUACUUGGAGGAAAGCCCGAUACGGUUUGGGCAAAUCCGCCCCGUCCGGAGCGUCGGCGCUGCCUCGUCUCCGGACUCGCCGGCCCUCUCCUGGCCCCCGGGCCUCCCUCUGGCCUCCUCUCACUGCGUCCCUCUGCCCUUCCCCAUGGCCCACGGCACCACCACCUUGGCCUUCCUGUUUCAGGGCGGCGUCAUGGUGGCGGCGGACACUCGCUCCAGCUGCUCGGGGCUCGUGGCGUGCCCGGCCUCCCAGAAGAUCCUGCCCAUCCACAGCCACCUGGUGGGCACCACGUCGGGCACGUCAGCCGACUGCGCCCUCUGGAAGAGGAUCCUGGCCCGCGAGCUGCGGCUCUACCAGCUCCGCCACGGCCGGCGCGUGUCCACGAGCGGCGCCGCCAAGCUGCUCGCCCGCAUGCUCCACCCCUUCAAGGGCACCGAGCUGUGCGUGGGCGCCACGCUGUGCGGCUGGGACGGAGGGGCGGCGGGCGGAGGCCGGGACCCCGGAAAGAACCCUUCGAGCGUCUCCGGAGCCAGCCUGUGCUACGUGUGCAGCGACGGCACUCGCCUGCAGGGGGCGCUCUUCUCCGUGGGCUCGGGGUCGCCCUACGCCUACUCCAUUUUGGACCAAGGCGUGAAGUGGGGGCUGACGGUGGACCAGGCCACCGCCGUGGCCAGGGAGGCCGUGUACAGGGCCACGCACAGGGACGCGUACUCGGGGAACUGCGUGGACGUCUACCGCGUCUCCUCGGAGGGGUGGACUCGCAGGACCAGGGAGGAUCUGAAGGAGGAGUACUACCGGGAGGAGGAGCGGCGAGGGAGGCCGUCGGAGUGA